UUUCAUUUUCUUGCUGCACCCAUCAAAACCAAAAGUUAUUCAACUCUACUGUACCUUAAACUUAAAGCUAGGAGACAAACAAAAAUGAAGUUUGGUAAAGAGUUCAAGGCACAAAUGGUGCCAGAAUGGCAAGAGGCAUACCUGGACUAUGAAUUUCUCAAAACCCUUUUGAAGGAAAUAGACAGAUUCAAGCUCAGAAAGAAACCGCCACCCCACGCCGCCGCUCGUGGCGGCAUGAAAAGAAAAAUGACACUGUACAGAGCUUUCAGUGGCUUGAUUCAGAGGAACAACAACAAUAAUAACUCCAGCCCAAGACUGAGUCCUUCUUCAUCUUCUCCUCCGGAUGAUGACAUUGAAAGCCAGCAGCCUAUUUUGGUUAGUUCAGUGAACCGGGGGGGAUGUCAAAGCUAUGAGACUACUUUUCUUAUGUGUUCCGAUGAAGGAGGAGAGUAUGAGACGGUUUACUUCAGAAGGCUGGAUGAAGAGUUCAAUAAGGUGGAGAAGUUUUAUAAAGGAAAAGUUGACGAGGUUAUGAAAGAAGCUGAGAUGUUGAACAAGCAAAUGGAUGCUUUGAUUGCUUUCAGAAUCAAAGUUGAGAAUCCUACUGGUUGGCAUGAUCGGUCUGCUGAUAUGACUCGUCUCGCUUCCGAUGUUGCGGCUUCUGCUGCUGCAUUGGCUGCUUCCACUCCUAAACCUAGACCAUCCAAAAGAUUUCAGGCUAUGGAUGUAAUUAACGAGGCCUCGAGCAAGCAUGAGAAAUCAGAUGGAUCGAGCCAUAGCGGGGAGGAGGAGGAUGAUGAUGGCAUGACCCGGAAGGUGGUAGGAGAAGAGAAGGGCGAGAACUUGAACGAUAGAUGCAAAAGACCAGCUCCAUUGGAGAUAUUAAGCCGAGUUACGAUCAACAACACUCUUGAAACUCCAAGAUCAACCAUUAAAGGUGUCCUCAAAGUUCCUCAGCAUACAGAGCUGAAAUUCACAAGAGAGAAUCUCACGAGAGUUGAGGAGCAACUAAGACGAGCUUUUAUCCAAUUUUACCAAAAGCUUCGACUACUUAAGAGUUUCAGCUUCUUGAACACUUUGGCAUUAUCGAAAAUCAUGAAGAAGUACGAUAAGACUACGUCGAGAGAUGCAUCAAAAGCUUACAUGAAAACAGUCGAUGAAUCAUUUCUUGGAGGUUCUGAUGAAGUGAACAAACUUAUAGAAAGGGUAGAGGCCACUUUCAUUAAGCAUUUCUCAAAUUCAAACCACAGCAAGGGGAUGAGUGUCUUAAGACCCAAAGCCAAAAGAGAACGACACAGAACAACCUUCUCAAUGGGUUUCUUAUGUGGGUGCACAGGUGCCCUAGUAGUAGCUCUUGUUUUGAUCUUUCGUGCUCAUAAUCUCCUGAGCAGUCCAGGGAAAGAUACAUAUAUGAGAACUAUGUUUCCACUUUACAGUUUGUUUGCGUUCAUUGUGCUGCACAUGCUCAUGUACGCUGCUAAUAUAUACUUCUGGAGGCGGUAUCGAGUCAAUUACUCCUUCAUAUUUGGUUUCAAACAAGGAACAGAAUUAGGGUAUCGACAAGUUCUUUUUCUCAGUUUCGGUAUAGCUACACUAGCACUCAUCGCUGUGCUAGCAAAUCUUGACAUGGAGAUGGACCCUAAAACCAAAGAUUACAAGCAACUUACCGAACUUAUCCCUCUCAACUUGGUCAUUCUUCUACUUGUCUUAUUGUUCUUGCCAUUCAAUGUUAUGUAUCGCUCAAGCCGUUUCUUCUUUCUCGUAUGCAUCUUUCACUGCAUUGCUGCUCCUCUCUACAAGGUGACACUUCCAGAUUUCUUCUUGGCAGAUCAACUAACUAGUCAGGUUCAAGCUAUAAGAAGUCUGCAGUUCUAUGUCUGCUACUAUGGUUGGGGAGACUAUAAGCACAGGGAAACUACUUGUAAAUCAAGUGAUGUAUUCAAUACCUUCUACUUCAUUGUUGCGGCCAUUCCCUAUUGGGCUCGUCUUCUUCAGUGUCUUCGACGCCUGUUUGAAGAGAAAGAUCCAAUGCAAGGAGUCAAUGGACUAAAAUAUUUAGUCACUGUAGUAGCAGUUUCCUUAAGGACCGCUUACAGUCUGAAUAAAGGGUUUGGAUGGGGAGUAACAGCAUUGAUUUUCUCAGUCAUGGCAGCAAUUUUCGGUACAUAUUGGGAUCUCGUUUUUGACUGGGGACUCUUGCAACGCAAUUCCAAAAAUCGUUGGCUCAGAGACAAACUGCUUGUUCCUCACAAAUCUGUAUACUUUAUAGCAAUGGUGUUGAAUGUUUUUCUGAGAUUUGCUUGGCUGCAAACAGUCUUGAAUUUCAAGAUGUUCUCUUUACAUAGAGAAACUUUGAUUUCGAUUGUUGCUAGCCUCGAGAUCAUUCGUCGUGGAAUCUGGAACUUCUUCAGGUUGGAAAAUGAACAUCUGAACAAUGUGGGAAAAUAUCGGGCGUUCAAAUCUGUACCACUACCUUUCAACUACGAUGAGGAUGAAGAUCAAGAAGAAUAGACUUUCAAUCAAGAAUACAAAGAACCAUGUGUAAUUACAUAGGAAAUCUUUUUUUUUAAUAGAAUUGAAGGCUAGAGAACUUUUCGAGUGACUGAGGAAAAUUAGAUGGAUUCAUGAAAUGUAGAUUCAAAUUCAUCAUAUCCCAGUUUUGUAGAUGAAUUUCAUUCUUUGAUUUUUUGUAAAUACAGAAAUAGAAAUGAACAUUGUGAAGUUUGAUCA